UUCGCACCAGGCGUUACGUAUGUGUAUUUCUCACAUCUUCAGAUCUCGUAUGCGGUACCGUGGUGUGCGCUUUCGAUAAAAACGGAUGAUCCGCGGGAUUUCGUACAGUAAAAGAAACUAUCGAGUGAAUAAUCGAUAAAGAUAUUAUCGUCGAGACAUAUCGCGCGUUUGCCACCUGGCGCGCGCAUUACAUCCACAAGAGAUCUGAUCUUCAAAUAAUUUUUUGACACUGUCGUUUUCGUCGCAUAACGCAAAGUUUAUAGCAUUUUAUUCGCAAAUGGAAUUAUUCAAUAUGAUAAAAAACAAGAGUGUGUGUGAUUUUUAGUUCUUGUAUAAUCGUUUAGAACAUUUCUACCGUUGCCAGGAUGACUGCAAAAAAUCCAUGAGUGAACAUGGUAGAAUAGCACGGUGCGAAAUAUCUGGUAACUGGACGAAUCGUUGUGAAUCCUUUACAGAUCGGAAAAUAUCUAGUGAUUGAAUGUGCGACAUCGAGAAAAACUACGAUUAGGCCAUUGAUCGUUAUUAAUCUGAAAACGCUUUUUAUUUUCUUCCGUUCACAUUUUUCUUUCCGUGCAUCUUAUAAAAUUUCGAUCAGUGACAUCAAAGAUAUCGGUCUCUAUCGGAAUAUCGUUACAUCGUGGCUAUAAUCUAGGAUGAGCUGAAAACGGAUCCACAAAGGAAAUAUCAUCGGAACAAACAGAUGAAAUGUACGGCUGAAUAAUGUACCGUGAAGAGGUGAUCUCGCGUUAUCAUUGUUAUGACACAGCCCGAGGGGAAGGAUGCAGUAUGGUAAAGGAGGAUAGAAGAUACGGAACGCUCGAGAAGAUGCAUGUACAGAUUACUAGUAUCUCGCUUUGGCAUCAUAAAAACGCACAGCUGCAAUAAGAAACAGAAGUGGAGACGGACACGUGUGCGGAAGGAUACGCGGUCCACAUCCGGCCCGCCAUCCUGGCGGCAUGGUCCUUUGGGCCACAAUACUAUUCCUCCAAGGAGCUGGAUUCGUAGGCUCGGUGACAGGCAUUCCCGGCGUCCCGGAAAACAUAACGGUGAUGUUCCUGAAUCCGACGUCCGUACGUGUCUCUUGGAGCACCAGCCAGGUUGAGCAAGUCGAAAAAUACGACGUCACAUACAAACCAACCGAUGCCAGGUCACAUACAAACACGGAUAUGAUUCACGAAAGUUACAGGGUGGUGGCGGUGGUCGCAGGAAAUAGCGAAGCGGUCACCUUGAGCAAUCUUCGGGCUGAUACACAAUAUCAGCUGGUCGUAACCGCCGUGAGAGCUGGAAAGAAGUUUCGAAGUCGACCGAUCGUCUUCCGCACACUCGGUAAGCUUUGCCUUCGUAAGCUUUACCUGUCUCCGGCAUCACGGUCACAUGUGACAGAACCACCACGCACGUCUCCGCAGCAAGAUGCAGCGGUAACUGGUGGUCCUCUUCCUCCACCUCCACCGUCCUCGCAACAACCCCAACCGUAUAUACAAAUUCGCGGCGUCGAGGUGGGCAUAGUAGUGUUAGUGCUGAUAGUUUGGGCGGGCGCGAUAGCGUUAUUCUUCAAUCGCUGGGGCAAGAUCCGAAUGCUGCUGCCUUAUCAACCCGACUACAAAGAGCAGUUGAAAGUCCCUGGCACCGGAGUGUGCACGGCCACUAAUUCUGCGUAUACGCAACACCCGACGCAACACGCGUGCUCUCAGCAUCUGCACUGGUCGAACCAUCACGUGGACUCCUUAGACAGCGGCGGAGCUUUAGGCUGGCCGAGAACCUCGAGGCCGCGCGUCAACAGUGCCAUCGACGUGGCGGGCUUUCUAUCGCAGGAAUUUCUGCGACGUCACGGGUCCACGUCCAAGUUAUGUCGAAAGGUUCGCAGUGCAGAUAAUUUACCUCUCGUGUCGACGAAUCGUCAACAGGAUCAACAAAGAAAUUCCAAGGACGAAGGUAUCGAAGGGGAUCGGGAAUCUUUCCUGAAACCAAAUCAGGACGAUAAGUCUGAUGACCAAGAAUCAAGGAGACAGAGUAGUAUCGAGAGUGCAACGAAAGACAAUAUGGAAAUGCUGUUGGAUUCCAAUUGUCAACAGCCUUCUUCAAGAGACUCUCCGGUGGCAUCUUCGUCUUUGAUCGCCAAACGUUUCGGAGGAUGGCGCACCAGUGGAAAUCAUGAAUACGUCAGAUGUCCUGUGCGACAACCUGCUUCCAUGGACGAACGGUGUUAUCGACGAUCAUGCGAAUUCGAAGCCACUCGUCCGCUUCGAUAUCAUCACUAUCACCGACGCACGGACACCGAACGACACUCGAAGAGCUGCGACUAUGCAAGGCGAGGAACCAUAGACUCAAGUAUCGAAGUACAACACUUCGGUUUACCGAUUCUCAGCGUAAGUGAGCCAAGUCCACCAGACGAGAGCGAACGCGUCGAUGACUAUUUGUAGGACUUGCUUGCCGAGGACUUCCUCAAGGAACUCCUCGUGUAAUUCACCUGGCCAAUCUUCUCAUCCCGAUCCGAUCUCGUCCCUAGUCGCACGGAAUGCUGCGAGUUGCGACCACAUUACCCGGAUAUUUUAUCCCUCGAACGUUCGUUAUAUUUCACAAAUAUAGCAAUCGUUCGAUAAUACACACUACACAUUGUUGCGUUCUUCAGGAGAUCGUAAUCGGAAUAAAGUAAUCGAUAAAGCGAGAGUGAAGAUUUCCUGAUCGCAUGCAAUCUCCUCUAUCUCUGUUCAUUGUAAGCGAUAUUCUUUCAUGCAUUAUAUCAUUUUAGAAGAGAGUUCAGAGAUCAUAAAUAUAUAUUUGCUACUUGUCUGAUAGAAAUCGCGCAGCUACGAGAAAUACUCAUAUUUGAUCCGGACUUAUUUUUCGGAGUUUUCAUGAGUUGGAAUAAUACAAUGUUAAUAUCAAUUAUUCCUCGAUAUAAUUUGUGCUCAUUCAAAUACAUGUUUCCAAUAUUUCUGAGAAAUAUUCUAAUGCAUUAUAUAUGCAUGUCAAAAUAUAAUGUUCAAAUCACUAUCUUUUACGCUAUAAAAAAUAUACCGAGAAAAAAAUUUAGUCCGGAUCAAAUUUGACUAUCCUUUGUAUCAUAUAUUUUUAGGAAAUAUGUGGUUUGGUGAAUAAUUUCGUUACUUCGAUAUCCCUAAUAUCAUUAAAUUAUAUGAAUAUUAAUUUGAAACAAUUUGCUCUGUCUUAUUUUGGAAUCUCAAAAAUUAUAAUCAAAUCUACUGCACAUUUUUACUCAUACAAUAUCUUAAUAUCUUGUGAGUCUUUUGGUGUAACGUGCGAUUAUGAAUGCCAGUUUGAGAUUAUUUAUAUAUAUAAGCUUAUACAGUUACAAUUUUCCUGUACACGAACAAGUGCGUAAUGAUGUAUAUAUGUUUCCUUUCAUUCUCUUCGCACUUCCCUGAUUUUCACGUUGCAUUUUCUCCUAUCUCUGUCCAGAAAACAGCAUUUCCUUUUUAUGUGCUUGCUAUUAUCGAAAUAUGCUAUCAAGAAUGAUAUUUUUCAAUCUUGAUUGCAAUUUGAAAUUAAAUACAUGAAUCAUUUAAUGUUAAAGCUAUAUCGAGAUAUGUAUUAAAAAGGCAGAUGGUCAUUCUUUAACUAUAUGUCAUUUUUAGAGUUGCUGGUAUAAAUUUUAACGCGUCUAGAUAUUUCUGCAGAAUGUAUAAAAAUGUGUCAUAAAGUA